GUGGCGAGGUGGGUCCGCGGGUAUAUAAGGCGGGAGCGGCGGCAACUCUUCUCAGUGCACGGUCUGGCCGGGAGUCAUCAUGACCAGAUUACGAAUUGCGGUACUAACGCUUGCCCUUCUUGGGAUUGCGGCGGCCAAUAUUGUGAAGCGACAAGCUGAAGGCGCAGGGGAUGAAGCCGAGGCCUUUGCUUUAGCGCUGUGCUCUGACAAGGGUGCCGGAGAGUGGUUCAGGCUCGCGGUUACUGACUGUCGCGAUGUGAUCCAGUGUACCGACGCAGGUCUACAGGCUUUGCGUUGUCCCCACGGCCUGGCGUUCGACUUGGAGCUGCAGACAUGUGACUGGGGAAUAAAGGUGACUAACUGCAACGAGAAGGUGAAGACGAAGAAGGUGAAGCCGCUCCUCAACACCGUCGAGCCCCUCUGUCAGGAGAACUUUUUGGCGUGUGGUGACACAACCUGUAUGGACAGGACACUCUUCUGUGACGGGAAGGCUGACUGUAGCGAUGGUUCUGACGAAAACGCAUGUGACAUCAACAGUGAUCCCAACAGUGCCCCGACCUGCAACGCUGAGGAGUGCCGCCUACCUGACUGCUUCUGUUACAACGAUGCCAAUGAGAUCCCACACAACAUGCAGACGACCACUGUGCCCCAGAUGGUCACGAUCACCUUCGACGACGCCAUCAACAACAACAACAUGGACUUGUACCAGCUGAUCUUCGACCAACGCCUCAACCCCAACCAGUGCAGCAUCAAGUCCACCUUCUUUGUUUCCCACAAGUACACCAACUAUUCUGCCGUGCAGGAGAUGCACCGCCUGGGACACGAGAUCGCCGUCCACUCCAUUAGCCACAGCGAUAAUGAGACCUACUGGAGUACAACAAGCGAGGAUAUGUGGGAGCAAGAGAUAGCUGGAGGGCGCAUCGCCAUCGAAAGCUUUGCCAACAUCACCGAUAACUCUGUCAUCGGCGUACGAGCCCCGUUCAUGCGUGUAGGCGGCAACAACCAGUUCAGAAUGAUGGAGAAAAAUACUUUCCUGUACGAUUCAACCAUCGUGUCGCCCAUGCAAAACCCACCACUUUGGCCCUAUACCCUCUACUACCGCAUGCCGCACGCCUGCCACGGUAACAACCAGAACUGCCCAACUCGCUCCUUUGCUGUGUGGGAGAUGGUCAUGAACGAGAUGGACCGCCGCGAAGAGCCAACCCUCGAGGAGGAGCUGCCCGGCUGUGCUAUGGUCGACUCUUGCUUCUCCAGCAAGCCCACCGCUAACCAGUUCUACAACUUCCUCCAGAACAACUUCGAUCGUCACUACCUCACCAACCGCGCUCCUCUUGGUCUCUACUUCCAGUCUGCCUUCCUCAAGAACAACCCAGAGAUCCUGGACGCCUUCCUAAUCUGGCUGGAUGACACACUGGCCUCAAACAAGGACGUGUACUUCGUUACCAUGACGCAGGUGAUUCAGUGGAUGCAGGAUCCAAGACCCACUAGCCAGUUGGUGAACUAUGAACCCUGGAGGGAGAAGUGCGACCCCCAAGGCCCUCCCUUCUGCUACGGCGGCACCAACUGUGAACUGAGCUCUGACGAACUGCCGGGCCAGACGGUGCGCCUCAACACAUGUAUGCGCUGCCCCAACAAGUACCCCUGGCUAAAGGAUCCUCGGGGUGAUGGAUUCUUCUAAACUCCUUCACUACCGCCAUACUACUAAGGCCUACCCUCCUGGGUGAGCCAGUUCCCCUUUUCCUGGGUGCAGUUUCAUCCAUGUAAAUAUUGUUUUAUAAUUUGUACAUGAUUGUGUCUAGGCAAACGUUUUCGCAUUCAAGACGGACAUAUGCCUGUCAGGCCGAGGGGUGAGGACCUACUGCUCAACGCAGCACAACAACAAGCCGUAAAAAGUCUAGCUGCAGGAAAAUGCCGGGGUUUCAAAAAAACCCUGCCCAUAGUGGGUCACGUCCCCUAGAGGGUUACCCAUGGGGGGCCCCUUCAUAUUUAUUGGAGAUGGAGGCGCCCUUCCCUCUUCCUGUGGUCGCCCACACCAUCGGUCCUCUAAGGUGGCUGCUACAACCCACUUACAUCUGAGGGUUUACCAGUUGUUUUGAUCGUCUAGAAUUUUAGCGUCACUUGUUUUUACCUUCCAUAUUAUGUUUUAUGUUACUCAAUAAAACCAUUAUUCCUCA